AUGGGCCAUUCUAAGAGUGUCUCGGAUGUUCGAAAGAGAGUUCGCAACCGUUGGUCGGCAUUUGAAUAUAGGAGAAAUGCCCACAACUCUGCGUCAACUGCGUUUGAUGAUGGCGGGAUUGAAAAUGAGAUGGUGCAUAACGAACACGAUGCUGAUAAUGUCGAUAAAGUAGGUACACCCGCUGUUGAGCCUGUGCCAUUAUUACAGACACAAGCUAAGAUGUCAAGUACUGAAAUCAAUGCUGCUCCCGUGGAAAUAAUAGAUUUAACGUCUGAUACUGAAGAAACGGAAGUUACUACGUCGGAUACAGACCUGGCGAACGAGGAAGUUCCAUUAGAGACAGCAGUAACACAAUAUCCAUUUAAGCUGAUAAAGUCCGAUAUAUAUGAUGCUGGUCGAGCCUCCCGACAUUUUAUCACCCUUCAGAGCAUAUUCUCAGAGCCGGGCUUGAAGAAAGUUUGGCUUUUUAGCUAUCAAUACGAAUUGGACUACAUUCUCCCGAUGUUCUGCGACGACGUUGAGGUUACAAUUAUUGCACAGGAGGGUACCGUUUUACCUCCAACGAUCAGAACUGCCAGCAUUUCAAAAUUAUUGUCGAAAAUGAAAACAUAUUUUAUUAACAUGCCUCCUUACACUUGUCACCAUUCUAAGAUGAUAAUCAAUCAGUAUUCAGAUUUCAGUUGUCGAUUAUUUAUUCCUUCUAACAACUUCACGUCUACUGAGACAAACUUGCCGCAGCAGGUCAUCUGGUGCAGUCCGAUUCUCCCUCCCAAGAAUAGUGUGUCUGGUGUGUCCAUUUUUAGAGAUGAUUUGCUACUCUAUCUCGACACUUAUCCCUGUGAUCUUAAACCGCUUUGUGUGGCAAUGGAGGCCGUCGAUUUUUCACGAAUUGAUAACGCAGGAGUUCAGUUUGUUUUCUCGGCACCAAAGCCAUCGCGUACAAAGAGGAGGGGUGAGCAUAUUACCUCCGGAAUUCGAUUAGCACAUCAAAAGCUGUCCAAAUAUCACCAUGCCGACCGAUCUGACCACACUUUUAAUGCAACUCAUCAUUACCUAUCACAAGUUUCAACAAUCGGCGCGCCCUUGAAAACAAAAUCGAAGAAACCUGCGAAUCUUUUCUCUCAUCUUAUGAUUCCACUGUAUUCAGGUAUCAAUCCAUAUAGUACUAAUCUUGGACGACAACGUAUUGACGAUGUGCCAGAGACUGAGGAAUUGAAGUACUUGUAUCGAAAACACAAAAUUAAGCCUUACAUUGUGUAUCCCACUGAUAGAGAAAUAAGGAGUUGCCCCAUGGGCUAUAUGACUGGUGGCUGGUUCCACUUUCACUGGAUGAAAACUGAUUUUACAAGACUGCAUUAUCGUAUACUAAAGCAAUGGGGCGUACUUCACAAACAGAGUUCUGAAGCAAAUAACCCUAGGGCAGCCACUCCAUCCCAUACAAAGUUUUAUAUGAAAGGAACAACUACAUCCCACGGACAGAAACCGUUUGAGCAAUUGGACUGGUGUCUGUUUACGACUGCCAAUUUGAGUGGCCACGCGUGGGGAACUACUACACGCAGACCGCAGAACUAUGAGGUGGGGGUCUUGCUAUGCUCAGAUGAAAAGCACGCCUUAACUGCGAAGAGCGCAAGUGAUCUGAUUUAUACUAAUUUUGAAGGCUCGGGAAGAUCAUUGAAAGAUGAAAAAGCUACCAUUUCACAUAAUACUUGUAUUUUGGUUCCAUUUACAAUUCCUUUGGGGCAGUACACUACCUCGGACGAAAGCUUUUGUAUAUCACACAACUACAUGCAACCUGAUUCCUUAGGAAAUCAGCAUCUCGCCACGUAG